AUGGAACUCCCCAUUGCCAUUCUCCUCUGGUUCUCGGGCACCUCGUGGUGUCUGUACAAGUGGAUCGGUCGGGCUUACACGGCCUGCGAGGCUCCAAAAGGUGGGUGGCCAUUUUCUCAACGGCAGGAGCUCACCAGCACAGCCAGUGCAUACGGAUUCGGUGUCGUCCUCGACCUCGUUGGCAGCAACUUUGGCUCGGACGCCGCGUUGCUUGCCCAGACGGCGUGCGUUCCCUUCCAACUCACGUUUGGCACGCUAGGGUGGUUGUACGACCAGAUCCCCACAGCCAACGGUUCCACACCGAACGCGACCUUGUUAUCAGGCUCCACCAACUUUUCUUCCCAGCAGUAUUCCCUCGUUCCCACAACACCAACAACUCGAUCGUCGCUCGCGCUGGCGACCUACCUUCGCACAGCGCAGUGGUACACCGUCAACGACUGCGUCAAGCUGCUUGAGAAGCAGUGGGCAACCAUGUCCGCCAAGCUUGAUUGGGUGGUGGACCAGACGCCACCCGAAGUUGUGGCCACCGUCAAGCAGUAUGUAUGGGUUGGAUUCGUCGCCGUGGCCGCCAUUGCAAGCAUCUGGCGGUACCACAAAGUGUCUCACCCAUGGCAUGCCCUCUCUCUCCUCCUCGCCGGCGCCGGCUUUGUUGGCCAGAAGCGGUACACAAACACCCGCUUCACCUCCCACGACCUCGCGACCCUUCUGCUUCUCCUUGUGCUCGUAGACAAGGUGUUCACCUUGCUUAGGGGCAACGGCAAGGACGUCCAGGUUCUCCAGACCCGCAUUAUCGAGCUCGAGGAUAGGACCAACACGCUAGAGGGCCAGCUCGAGAACCUCCAGCGUUCCCUGGACCUGCUUCGCAGCGAGAUGCACGGGGCCAGCGAACGCGCAGACAGACUGGCGAGUCGUUGCCUCGACGCCACGCCGCACAUUACCCACCGCCCUUCCUUGCACGGUCUGCAGCUGGCCACACCUGCGCCCACCGCGCCGUCCGAGCCAGACCCCGAGGCGCACUGGCAUGAUGAUGAGGAAUCUAAAGACGCGCUCCAGUUCGUCAUUGCAGCUCACCGCACACCUUCGUCUCCGGCAUCGACGGGAACGUCGACCGCAAGUGAUACCAACAAGCGCACCCGGAUCCCACGCAGAGCCAAGGACCGCGGUGUAGAGAAGCGUCGAGCGAUGCAGGGCGGUAGAGGGACGAGCAGCGAUCGUGCUCGUGACGCGCGCGAGGCUCGCAAGGCGCGUGCGGACUCGCUUGCAGAGGAGAUGCUGGCGUGA